GGGAUCAGAACGAGCUCAGAACAGCUGAAAGUGAACGUGUCGAGUUUAACUUUUACCUUUCUGUGAAACUACAAACAGACUUUAUAAGAAAAAAACAAAACCAACCUGAUGCUUUUUCCUACAGCCGUCGGCAGAAAAGCUGCAUCACGUCACAUUCACUUGUGCUGCUUUCAGACGCCUGAAACAAACGUUAAAACCUCUGAAAACUGAGCAGAAAGGUUUACUCUUUCCAAACACAUGGGGGAAAGAUAAUAUCCAGAUCCUGCAGCUAAGAUGGCCACUGAAAAGAGACUGUCUGCGCGGCGUAAGCAUACUCUGAAGGGAUGUAUGCUGCUGGUGGCGACUAACUUGUUGGAGGCCGAAUCAGUAAUGAAGGUGGACGAGAGAGAGAAGUUCCUGGCAGACAAGUGUCCUCCUCUGGAGCUGCCGUACUCGAGGGACGAGCUCCUGGAACUUUGCAAGAAACUCCAUGAGCAGAUCGACAUCAGUGAGGAGGAGAGAUACUGCAUAGAGUUCAAACUGAACAUGGUGCUGAAUGAGGUCCGAGACCUCAACAUAAAGAUUGUGGAUCUGAGGGGAAAAUUCAAGCGGCCCCGUCUGAAGAAAGUGCGCAUGUCUGCUGACGCCAUGCUGAAGGCUCUGCUGGGCUCCAAACACACCGUCAACAUGGACCUGAGGGCCAACCUGAAGCAGGUCAAGAAGGAGGUGAAAGAGGAGGACAAGCAGCUGCGCGAUGUGGGCGACUGGCGUAAGAACAUCGAAGACAAGUCUGAUAGGAAGAAGAUGUUUGAUAGUUAAAUGUGAUCCGUCAUCGACUGUUGGGCUUAAACGAGCGCUUUUCAGGACAGAAUUCAGGUCUGAUGUCGUUUGUAACUGAAGAGUUUUAUUCCCAAAAAAAGCUGCAUAUCCACUGAAGGACUACUUUUACUGAAGAUAAGAUGUGAGGAUAAGAAAUGACUGAAGUGGAGGUUUGAUCGAUAAACAGUUGAAUAAUAUUUCAACACAUCUUACAAAAAAAGAUGGUGUUUUGAUUUGGUACCGCAAGUGAUGAAUGAUAAUCUCCUCAGUUGGUUUACAGGAUUUUAAAAUCUUUUUACCUUUUAAUGUGGCCAUUUUUUCUUCCAAAGAAAGAGUUGAGUUAAACACUUUAUUUUCAAAUAUAGAAAACCUGUAGUAAAACCUGAGGCAGUGUUUGGGUCGUUUCUGGAUAUCUGUCAUUGGAACAAAACUCUCCAGUUGAAUCUAAGCUUCCUUCUGCUUUUGCCUGUAUUUACACUGUACUGUGAUGUAUUUGUACUCCAAGUUGUGUACUGAUGCCAGUAUUAGUACGUGGUGAAUCAAACCUGCUUUUAUUCUGUGAAGGCUGACUUACGCUGCGGCGUAAAAAUAUCGCUACACCUUCAAAGAAACGACUUCUCUGCUGCAGGAGUGUAAUUCAGCCUUCAGUCUGUACUAAACGGCAUCAUGUCGUCUUUUCUAAACUGUUCAAACAGAAAUGUGAUGUACUUUUCUCUUCUUCUUGCUGUCACAUUAAAUACAAAAAGCUUCAUGUUCA